GACAAUGAUGAAUUUUACUGAUUCUCUUUUAUAGCGAUAGGUUUGGUCCGUUUUUCACGCUUUCAGAUUCACUCAUAUCCAUGACUAUCAAUUUGCCUGUAAAUGUUUGCCAAUUGUGUGUGAGUAAAAAGUCAACGUUCAGGUUAUUAGCUACAGUAGCUGUGGCUGAAGUGUCUCUGGGAGGUUUGUGUGGAGUUGCUAUGGUAACUUCUGGUGGUAGUACUUUCUAGACUAGUAGUAAGCUAGCCAGCUAAAUUCGCCGACGUAGUCUAGCGUGUAUACGUGUUAGCUAAACAUAGUACAUCAUAUUUUACCGUUUAAGCUUCAAAACUGACUAGUGAGCAGCUAGUUAUCGAAUACGUCAGACAUCACUGCAGAGAAUAAUGGUGCAGCUUCACGUGAAGCGAGGUGAUGAGAGCCAGUUCCUGUUCAACACUUCUGUAGACGUGCCGUUGGAAACUCUGACCGAGCAGGUCGCAGUCAUCUACAACGCCAGGCUGAAGGUAGACAGGAUAUGCUCAGAGUUACCCGAGCUGGCGGACCACGGCAUAGCAAUGCCGCCGAACAUGCAGGGCCUCACAGACGAGCAGAUCGUUGACCUGAAGCUGAGAGACGAGUGGGAGGAGAAAUGUGUACCUAGCGGAGGACCCGAGUUUAACAAGGAUGAGAUUGGAAGGAGGAACGGACAUGCCCCUAACCAGAAGAUGAAGGAGGUGCUGAGGAAGACCAUGGAGGAGGCUAAGGCACUCAUCUCUAAGGUCCUGGCUGGUGUGUGUGUAACCAUGGAGACAGUGAAGGAGGCUUUGGACCAGCUUAGGGGAGCGGUGAUGAUCGUGUACCCCAUGGGCUUGCCUCCUCACGACCCAAUCAGGAUGGAGUUUGAGAACCAGGAGGACCUGUCUGGAACCCAGGCUUCCCUGCAGGUGAUCCCAGCGGAGGAGGCCCAGCUGUGGUGGGCAGCCAAGGAGAUGCAGAGAGGAAAGAAACUUCAGGACUACAUCGGAAAGAACGAUAAAACCAAGAUCGUCGUAAAAAUACAAAAGAGAGGCCAGGGGGCGCCAGCUAGAGAACCUCUGGUCACAGAGGAGCAGCAGAAACUAAUGAUGGCUCACUAUUACAGGAGACAGGAAGAACUGAAGAAACUGGACGAGGUAGAGGACGACAGUUAUCUCCGCUCAGACUGGUCAGACAGACAGGCCUUGAAGAGGCAGUUUCAGGGUCUCAGCAACAUCAAGUGGGGGCCCAGGUAGACCCACAACCACGGAGACACACAUGCUAAUGAAAUCACACACAGGAACACACCAGUGAUGCCUUAACCCCAUGGGCUGUUGUUCUACAGAAACCUCAGAAUCUCACAUUUUCUGGUUCUCUCAUGUCAUUAAACUGUUUCUGUACAUUAUCUUUGUUCAAGCUUUGUCCACAUGACGGUGUCAUUGAAAUUUGACGUUGACUGUAAAUAAAAAUGUAUUUUGAUCAA